AUGCCAAACCAAUCUUGCGACUUCGCGGCCGACCCAGCGCACCCAACCAUCGCUGAGGAAAUUCUUACCUACCACUUCCUGGCAACGAACAACGACAACGGUGCCGAUUCUUAUCUAUCCCACAUCAAGUUUCGUCUCCGCACUGAGCCCGUCAAUGAGAUUGAUGUUGAAACGGUUUGGAAGAUUGUCAACACUCCUGAGAUGAUUGACGCUGUGAUCGGCAACAUCAUCAAGUUUGAUGUUUUGAGCACCCAGCCUGCAGGGGGCUACAUCGAUCUGUUCAUUGAGACGGAGAUGCAACAGAUGCAUGAGCGCGGACAGAACCAGCUGAUCGGGAUUUGGCAGAAGCAUAUGCUUUCUCGCCAUUUUCCGACGGCUGCGAAGUUGAAGGGUCUUAUCUAUUGCCGUACUCAGCAGGCUUAUGACCUGGUUAAGCAGAAGGGCAAGGAGCUGUACAUCCGUGCUGUGUUUCACGACUUCUUGAAGAAGAAUUAG